GCGGAGGGUUUUGUGUCGUGUCUCUCUGCAGCGUGUGACUGUAUUUGAACAUUUCAGACCCAAUGUGGACAUGGUGCGGGCCAGUGUGUGUCCUCAGAGCUGGGAAGUAGUAGCUGCAGCGUCAUGCUGUCCUCCGUAAGGUCUUACAAUACGUCCUCUUCAAUCCCAUAUCUACUGGGAUCCUUGGGGAGGGGGGGUCCCCGCUGCCCAGUGACACCUGGUAAACGAUACGUCCUCUCUGCGCGUGCGUAAUAGCCUGCCAAAAAUCCCAACACCGUCUCGCCUGUCAACCAAUAGAGUUCCAAUCUGUCCAGAGAUAAAGUCAGAGCAGAGUGGAGCUGAGAGAAGUGAAGUGGAAGAUUUCAGACCUAAGCAGCACCGAGACACCAGACAAACAUGCCGAGGUCUUUCCUAGUGAAGAGUAAAAGGGCCCACAGCUACCACCAGCCCCGGUACCUGGACGACGACUACAGCAGAUUGGACACUAUUCUGGCCAACGUGUGCGCAGAGACCAAAUCUCUGGCAGAGUUUGAGUCCAACUCGGAGCCGCAAGAGGAUGUGAGCGCCGGCGCAGACAGACUGUCCCCCAGGUCCAGGCUGCUAUCACCGGGGUCGCUCUCCUCCAGCCCCCCGCUGAGCUGCACAGGCAGCGUGUGUGACCGAUCCUCCGACUGUGAUUUCUGGCGUCCCCCGUCUCCCUCCUCCUCACCAGAUUCAGAGAAAUGCUCCACUCCCUCAGCGGAGGACGGCCACCCCUUCAACACCCCGGUAUUUCCUUACUCCUGGACGGCUUACUCUGGCUCUGAGCUGAGGCAUCUGGUUCAGGGGGCAUAUCACCACCACGUCCAGGGCCACAGGGAGCCUCACUCACCGACCCGCUCCUACGCUGCAGAGGACAGCGGCGCCGAACCGCUGUACGCACAGCGGGGCCCGGCGGACGGAUGCUACCCGGAAUUCUCUUCAACGGCCCACCAAAUCUGCAGGAUGCGAGACGGAGACGAGCUGUAUGCGGAUGUAAAGCAGAAGUCCCGAGCUGCGGAGAUCAAGUCCGAAAAUGAUUUUAUUUGUUCUAACAUCGAGUCAAGUGGAUCCUAUAAGUGCAUUAAAUGUGGCAAGGUGUUCUCCACGCCUCACGGUUUGGAGGUUCACGUGCGGCGGUCGCACAGCGGGACGCGGCCGUUUGAAUGUGGGAUUUGUGGGAAAACCUUCGGACACGCGGUGAGCCUGGAUCAGCACAGGGCGGUUCACUCGCAGGAAAGGAGCUUCAGCUGUAAAAUCUGCAGCAAAAGCUUCAAGCGCUCCUCCACGCUGUCCACGCACCUGCUCAUCCACUCGGACACGCGCCCGUAUCCGUGCCAGUACUGCGGGAAGAGGUUCCACCAAAAGUCAGACAUGAAAAAACACACUUUCAUCCACACGGGUGAGAAACCGCACAAGUGUCAGGUGUGCGGGAAGGCCUUCAGCCAGAGCUCCAACCUCAUCACGCACAGCAGGAAACACACCGGCUUCAAGCCUUUCGGCUGCGACCUCUGCGGGAAAGGUUUCCAGAGGAAGGUCGACCUGAGGAGACACAAGGAGACGCAGCACGGACUCAAAUGAGCAGACUUCGAUGCUUUAGCACUUUUAUUUUACUCUGACUAUUCAUACGGUCGUGUUUUAUUUUAUUCUAUUUGUUUGUUGCAUAUCUUUUACCCUAUAUGAAUGUAGUUAAAUAUUAAGCCUGAUAUAUUUUGGUUGAUUUUACGGAAAUAAAAGUGUAUUUAUCGAUUGUGUAUUAACAUCUUGGAUUAAAAUAUAAAAGCCUUUAGACUGA